AUGAGCGAGACUUUGGAUCGCACCGAAAUGAUGGCACCACCAGUUAAAUUUCCAAAAAAAAAGGUCGCAUUGGUUCUAGCCUAUUUAGGCACAAACUAUCAGGGAAUGCAAAUGUAUAUUGGAUUGAUGAGAGCCUGUCGCACAGACAAGGGUGUCCAUGCAGCCAUGCAAGUGGUGUCUUUGAAGGUUAUUUUUAAAGACCCCAUUGCGAGCAUCAUGAGCUCAAUCAAUUCACAUUUGCCCAAGGAUAUUAGGGUCUGUGGUAUCCAUCCGGUGAGCCAGACUUUCGACUCAAAGUUGCAUUGUGAUUCGAGAUUUUACGAAUAUUUGCUGCCGACGUUUAUGUUUAAAUGCGACUCUUCCUUUGAUUUGUCCUUUUUGGAGAACAUGGCCGCAAAAAGGGACACUUUAGAUGGCAAAAACGAGGCUGCAAGCGACGGUUCUGAAUGUGAAGACAAUGUUGCUGGAAAUGAAGAUCAAGCCUCGAUGCAAAAACACAAGCUCGCCGCCGAUUUCUAUUCCAAUAAUUUUAAGCCUACUUUGGCCGACAUUGAGCAGCUUUCGGCGUUUCGCCUAUCUUCAAAGGAGAAAGACCGACUUGACGCCUUGCUAAAAUGCUUUGAGGGCUCCCACUUUUUCCACAACUACACGAUCAAAAAGUCGGCCGUAGAUCCCAGUGCAUGCAGGAAAAUUAUCUCCUUUUCGAAAGCUCAUUGGUAUCCUUUGCCUCUUAUCCCUAGGAAUGGUGAUCAUGAUUAUGCGUCUCGAUGUCCAGGAUUAUUCGAUGGUCAUUUCCAGGAGUCUUUCGAAAUCCGAAAAAAUGAAUGUCCCAAAAGCCCCUGGCGUGGGUCUCUUGUUAGCUCAAAGAUAAAUCCGCUAUCCUAUGAUACCUAUGCGCUCGAGAUUGAUUCCUUCAAGGAAAAGGAAAUUUAUCCUGCCAUUGCCAGUGAAGAGUUUUCCAAAAACAUAUUCAUGAAUUGGUGGUGUGCUAUCUCCCUGCAUGCAUAUGAUUUCCAGUAUGUCCUACAACAGUGGACACCACCUGAUUCUGAAGUAUCGAAAAAAAAAAUUAAAAAGGGCAAAUACAGUGCCGAUCAAGCAUCUCAGAGCGAGCCCCCCAAGGUCGAGCAAAAGAAUCCGGAUCCCAGCAUAUCUCAAUAA